AGCAGUGAAAGAACACUUCCUUUCUUCCUUCCCACAGGCUAAUUCACAAAUAUUAAGCAUUUAAAAGGUGUUGCAGCUUAAAAUUCUCCUGGACGUUUGGGACCACAUCGUCAGAGCUGUCCAGUUUUGUUCAUCCUGUGAAACACUUGGACAUUGUUUAGUUCUUGGAUUCUUUAACAAUGCUGUCAGACGGCUCCUCUGAAACUCCAGAACAAGAGCAGCAAGCUACCAGGACUGAAGUGAAGCAGGACGAAAUGCCUCACAGUAAAUACUGUGAAUAUACAGCAAACAAGCAAGAUGUUACAUACACAGAGAUUAAGACUUAUAAGUCUCCACGAAAGCACAGAAUACCUACAGCCAAGCAGAGCCCUGUAGUGCUAAGUGAAGACCAGGUAAAAUAUGCAGAGCUGACAUUCCACAGAACACCUCAGCCCCAGGCCAGAAAACAAGCUGUCAGAAGAAAAAGACAAGGUGCCAGAUCAACAGUAUGGAGGAGGGUAACUGGCAUGCUUGGAGCCUUGUGUGUGGUGCUAAUGACAACCAUGGGGAUCUUACUUCCAAAAUUAUUUUCUAGUCAAGAAGAGCAAAGCAGACAAACCUCACUUCAUCCUAUUCUGUGUCCUAAGAAGGAUGACCGCUCCUGUGAUCUUUGUUCACUUGACUGGAUUGCUUUUAAAAACAAUUUCUAUCAUGGUUUUCGUGGAACCAAAACUUGGGCAGAGAGUAAGUCUGCCUGUGAGGAACUGAAUUCUCAUCUUGUGAUCAUAGACUCCAAAGCAGAGCUGGAAAAUUUGUUAUUGUUUGAAAUGGAUGGGUGGAUUCUUCUCAAAAAGGAUGGAUCCAACCAGUCUUGUUUGUGGGAACAUGGCAUGAAAAUGCAGAACACCCUAAUUAAUGACUCAGAAAAGAAGAAUCAUAGCUGUCAUUAUCUGCAUGGAAACGUAUUCACUGAUAAUAACUGUUCAUCUAAGAAAGCAUACACCUGUGAAUUUAGUAUAUGACACCUAUUUUAGGAGUAUAAUUUUAUUUAAUUAUGAAAAUCAAAAUACCUGUUAUUUAUUGAUUUUAUACCUUUUACCCUUGAUCUUAGUCAAAAUGUGAAUAAUGAUGGUUUUUAAAUUUCAAAGAUAUUUUUACUGGACUGAGAAGAUGCUUUUUUAUAGUUGUAGUUUGGUUGCUUUUGUUUGUUUGCCUUUUAUAAUGUAUUGAGAGUGAUUAAUAUUCUUACCAGAGAUAUCACACCUAUCAUAAUUUAUGUAGUUAUUGAUAAAUUAAAUAUCCAAUACUGUUGCAGGAUUUUCCCUGGACAAUCACAUUAUGCAGUGGGAGGCUUGUAAUUGGACAGGGGAAAAGGAGGCAGAGCUAAGAGUUGCAGAGAUAGGGAGCAUCUAAAGGUAGGAGGAUCAAAGAUGGAUGCUGACAUGUACCUUCAUGGAAUUUUCUAGCCACAAGUAGCUGUGAUUUCACAAGGUUAGAAAUAUUAGGAUAAGAAUGGAUUGAUUCGCAUUCUUCUGCAUGCUGGCCUCCAAUUGAACCAGCACCAUUUGUUGAAAAGACUAUCUUUUUUCCACUGGAUGCUUUCAGCACCUUUGUCGAAGAUCAAGUGACCAUAGGUGUGUGGGUUCAUUUCUGGGUCUUCAAUCCUAUUCCAUAAAUCCGCUUGCCUGACAUUGUACCAAUACCAUGCAGUUUUUAUCACUAUUGCUCUGUAGCAAAGUUUGAGGUCUGGGAUACUGAAUCCCCCUGAAGUUCUUUUACUGUUGAGAAUCACCUCACACCAGUCAGAAUGGCAAAGGUCAAAAACACAGGAGACAGCAGGUGUUGGUGAGGAUGUGGAGAAAGAGGAACACUCCUCCACUGCUGGUGGGAUUGCAAGAUGGUGCAACCACUUUGGAAAUCAGUCUGGCAGUUCCUCAGAAAACUGGGCAUGACACUUCCGGAGGACCCUGCUAUACCACUCCAGGGCAUAUACCCAGAGGAUUCCCCGGCAUGCAAUAAGGACACAUGUCCCACUAUGUUCAUAGCAGCCCUAUUUGUAGUAGCCAGAAGCUGGAAAGAACACAGGUGUCCCUCAACGGAGGAAUGGAUACAAAAAAUGUGGUAUAUUUACACAAUGGAGUACUAUUCAGCCAUUAGAAACAAUGAAUUUAUGAAAUUCGUAGGCAAAUGGAUGGAGCUGGAGAACAUCAUACUAAGCGAGAUAACCCAGUUUCAAAAGAUCAAUCAUGGUAUACACUCACUGAUAAGUGGAUAUUAGCCUAGAAACUUGGAAUACCCAAGACAUAAUCCACAUAUUAAAUGAUGUCCAAAAAGAAUGGAGGAGUGGCCCCUGGUUCUGGAAAGACUCAGUGCAGCAGUAUAGGGGAAUACCAGAACAGGGAAGUGGGAAGGAGUGAAUGGGGGAACAGGAGGAGGGAAGAGGACUUAUGGGACUUUCGGGGAGUGGGGACCCAGAAAAGGGGAAAUCAUUUGAAAUGUAAAUAAAGAAUAUAUCGAAUACAAAAAAUAUAUUAGGAUAAAGCUUUUAUCAUUACUAAUUGGCUCUGAAAUUAUUGUAUUGGCUUCUUGUAAAUUGUGAUAUUAUUGAUACAUAAACCUUAAAUUAAGCUUUAAGUGUCAUGAUUCUACUAGGUACUGGGUAUUGUGUUAUGCAACCGCGAGUCUGGGGGUUCCAUUAAGUUACUAGAAUGUGGGAUCGCUGACUACAUGGCUUUAUGGCUGAGGAAGAACUAGUUGCUCACAGCAUAAAUGAGGCAGAUUCUGUUAGGGCUCCAGAGAAUAGGCAGGACUGCCAAGAGUGUGAUCCGACCCCAAGGAGAGUUGGCAGAAUCAAUUUUAAAUAUUUCCCGUAACACAACACUAUUUAUAUUCAGGAACUAUACAAAAUUCUUAAACUAAUAAAAGGAUCUUAUACCAAUUGAAUGGGUUCGCCUUCUUCAAGUUGGGAUUUCAAGGACCUGCCCUCCUAAAUUUCCUGGGGAAACAGACCACACUUGGUCUAAAUCUCUUCCCUUCUCCCUGUUUACUUUGCUUAGUUUUAAGCAGCAAUAUACCCCAUCUUUUUUGUACCAUAAGAAACACCAAUCCUAGAUUUUUAUUAACCAAAAUAUUUGUGUUCCAAAAAUCCAGAAGAUGUGAGGAGCCCUGACUGUAAUUUCCUGAAGGUUGUGAGCACAGAUGGGGCUCUUGGAUGUUGACUGACUUGGAGUGCCUGACACAGAGCAAGAUAGAAGAUCACUCUGGCCUUUCUAGGGAGCCCCUGAUGCUUACCAGGAUUCCAUACCUCUCCUGAAUGGCUUCACCCAUCCCUUUCUGUGCAAGUGGAUGUGAGAGAUUUGCUAUUUGUAGGGAACUGCUCUCCUAGGCUCUGCCUCAUGCCCUUGGCUUCCUGUACUCCAGGAGAUUCAGCAAGCUCAUCUAGCACCCUGCUUGGAAAGAAGCAUGGAGGCUUCAUUGAAUUUUUGGUUUGUCCACCUCUUCAACAACUAUCUGUGAGAUGCCAUGAUUGCUACUGGAUGCUACAGUAGGAGGUGAUAGGAGGAUGAGAGAUUUUCUUUUUCCCCACAGUGCACUGAGAAGGAGACUAGGGAGGGAGCCAUACUGCCAACAUAUUCUGGCAUUGCCCCCUCCUGGAAUAAACAGGCCAUCUGAAGGUAGAGCAGUCUCUGCUUAGGUUGCUUGUGAGAUAAAUAUGGAAAAGCACGGUUGUC